CUGAAAGAGUCUGUAUCCAGUGGACUGCUCACAUUAGUUCAUGACUUCUAGACAGAAACACACAGAAGUCCUUAAAAAAAGCCCCUGCUGGGAAGGUGUGGACUCCACGAACAUAGAGUCAGUUACCUGGGCGUGUCGUCGUGUUCGUGCAGGGAGUUUCGACACUUUCUUCCUGUUUUAUCCAGAUAAUUGUCAGUCUACUUUGGAGGGUGAAGUUACAAGAAGACGGCGGAGGGACAAGUCGAGGAAGAAAGAAACACGGAGAGUUUAGCAGCAGCGGAACCAAAAGCAAAAGAAUUUAACCAGCCUGUGUGUGUGACUAAGAACAUGACAGCAUCCAAAACCUGCUGACAGCUCCUGGUCAGAAGAUGCAACCAGGGGGUCCCCCGGCUCCACCUCCACCUCCUCCUCCUCCUCCACCACCUCCACCACCUCCACCUCCUCCUCCACCGCCUCCUCCCCCUGGCCUCCCUUCAUCUACACAUGGCACAGGCCUAUUUGGAAAGGGGGGCCAUAGGAGGUCCAGGAUGCGGAAUUUUAACUGGGAAACUCUUCCCAAACACAGUGUGAUAGGAAAGCACAACAUCUGGACAGCUGACAAAACUGAUGAAGAGUAUGAGCUGGAUACGGAUAACAUGGAGAAGCUGUUCAGCCGCAAGCAGGCCCAGCAACAACCCACGGCCCUGAACCGCCAGAGUCUGAGAGGUCUGCCUAAUGCUGCUUCAGGAGGGGACAUGGUUUCCAUCCUCAGCUCCAAGAGGAGCAUGAACAUUGGAAUUUUCCUGAAGCAAUUCAAGCGGCCUGUGCAAGACUUGAUCGAAGACAUUAAAUCAGGAAAUAGUCGCAACUUUGCUUCGGGAAAACUGAGGGAGCUAUGCAAGAUGCUGCCGGAUGAAGGAGAGGUGAAGCAGCUAGUGGAUUUCAAGCUCAAGCCCUCGGCUCUCCCUGAAGCAGAUCUGUUUAUGUUGAUGCUGGUCAAGACAUCCAGUUAUGAAGAGCGUCUCAGCAGCUUGGUGCUCAAAGAGGAAUUUUUCCCUCUCAUGGAUGAAAUCAGAGCCUUCAUUGGUACUCUGACAGCUGCAGGAACAGAGCUGUUGGAGUCUGAUAAUCUACAUUCUGUCAUUCGCCUGGUGUUGAAGACUGGAAACUUCAUGAAUGCUGGUGGCUAUGCAGGGAGUGCAGUUGGCUUCCGAAUGGCUUCCCUGUUGAAGUUAGCGGACACCAAGGCAAACAAACCUGGAAUGAAUCUUAUGCAUUAUGUUGUGAUGCAAGCUCACAAGGCCGACGUGGCUCUGCUUAAAUUUCCAGAACAACUCCAACACAUUGAAGCAGCAGCAAGAAUAAAUAAAGGCGAAAUUGAAGCAGAGUUCAGAAAACAGGUAAAGAACGUAGAAAAAGCCAAAGCAGACACACUGAAGCAGGAAGACUUAAAGGCACAAAUGGAACAAUUUCUUAAGGAGGCUGAGGUCUGCUUGGCAGAAAUAGAGUCUGAUCUUCAGGAAAUGCAGGCCGUGAGUGACUCUGUGGCAGAGUACUUCUGUGAAGACCCAAACAAGUUCAAACUGGAGGAGUGCUGCUCCACUUUCCACUCCUUUUGUGCGAAAUUUAUGCGAGCCAUGCAGGAAAACAAGUCUCGGGAGGUUGCAGAGGUUCAGAGGAGACACAGAGACAGACUGCAGUGUGCUGCCAAGCGCAGGUCUACAGCUACCUGCUCUAGUAGAGACAAAGAAUUGGAUGGAGUUGCAUUAGAGUCUAUACUAGUACAGACCUCCUUAACCAAACGUGUCUCUCGGAGGAGAAGCGGCAGGCCCACAUCCACUCAUGGAAGCCCCUCAAGAGGCAGCCCCAUCAAUGGCAGCCUAUCGGAAAUCAUCUCUCAGGCUAACCUCCUUUCUGACGAUCAAAAGAAGGGAGGGCUUUUAAGAGUGCCAGAUGUAGGCAGGAAAGAGUGGCUCUCGCUGUGGAACUUACAGAGAACUCUUCACAAAAUCAAAUCCAGCCCAUUGGUGAGGACAACAAAGAAAAAAGUGGCAUUCCUCAUGAAGAGGAGAUGAAAACAUCCAGAAAAGAGGACUCCAAGUCUUUUACACACCCUGCCAAUAGGACAACCACCAAUUCCUCCUCAGGCAGGACAUUGUCAGCCACAACUGAAGAUGAGGAAGAUCUACAGGACAAUAAUGAAGAGGAGGCCCAAAAGUUACGUGAAGCAUCUAGAAAAGUUUUGCGUUUUCAGAACAGCCGUGGCAGUGUCUCAUCUGGGGAAUAUUCUCUGGAAAAUCUGAAAUCUCCUGGUCCACGUACCAAAUUGCUUCGUCAAAGAACCGUUGACGAGGACACCGAUAGGUAUCCUGGAGACCCAACCAAUGAGGAUUUAGUUCGGUUUUUAUUCAAUACUGAACCAUCAUCUAUACGUGACCUUGGCCGCCGCCAUACUCUACCUUCCAAAGUGCUUAAAACUGAGGGAAAUGAAGACAAUGUGUCAGCUCUGCAUCCAGUCAGAUCUCCUAAAUCUGCCAAAAUGGAGAAAGAGACACUGACUACAGAGGGUGCUGGAAACAAUUCCACAAAACAAGUGUUUGACUUUAUUGAUCAAUCUCAUGACUUUGAAAAAUCUGGGGAGCAAGACCAGAAUCCUCCUUCAGUGGCAAUGAAAAGUGAAACAAAUGUCUCUGUAGCCCAUGUGCCAGGUGAAGGGCAGGGGGAAAAAUGCCAAGAGGGAAAAUCAAUGGAGCCCAAAGACAACCACGUGCAAAAAAGUAGUGAAAAUGUUCCACCAAAGAGUACAUGGAUUAAGACUGAAACAACUGGAUUAUUUUUUAGCUUUUUUAAACGCCUUGGAGAUAUGAGCAAACAGACAAACAGCAAGGAAACUGUCCAGAAUUGCACUGAUUCCAGUGUGUAGGUUUUUAAAGACAUACAUUUGAAAGUCAGGGAGGCACAUCUAACUUUAGUUUUACUUGUAUUUAACUCACCAAAGCUACAUUGUAGCAUUUUAUUUAAUGUUAUUUUGGUAAAUUGUUAUCAGGGUUGUUCGGAGGUGAUGGAAGGUUAAAGGAAAGUGUUGAAGGAACUAUUGAUGUGGAAAGGCAAUUUAGCUUUUAACCACUAGAUGGCAGAUUGGAACCGUACCAUGGUAAUCUGUUGCUCAGGAAAGAGGUGUGUUGUUUAACUCAGGCAGUCUGCACACGGUCUUGUAAAUAAAGGAUCAAACUUACGACAACAUUUUUUAUUUCCUUGACAAGACAUUAUUCUAUUCAGUUUUACUAAUGGGUUAAUACUGACUGUGCAUUCUUUGUCUGAUAAACAACCAUGCAGAAUGUAUUGAGAAAGUAAGUGGAUGUUGAAGGGAGCAGAGAGAAGUCAAACUGUAAAGUUAAGGAUUGAUUGUUACUUUUGAUCAAAUAUAGCUGAUUGCAUUAUUGUUAAAUGUCAAGGUAUAUGCUGAAUGCCUUUGUUUUUGCCUCUUUGUUUUUCUUUCUCUAUUGAUGUCAUUCAAUGAAGUUGUGGAUGCUUUCAGGUCUUUCUCAAUUCAGCCAUUGAUUUUGGCUUAAAUGGGUCAGUGUUACAAAGGCAGCCUGUUGAGGGCAGAGCUGAACCGUGGACGAUUGGUGGCAAAUUGAAGGGUAUUAACUUUAGAGGAGAUUGCUGUAAUUGGAGGCCCAACACCUGGUGGCUUAGGUGAUGGAAGAACAAGCUUACCUAAAUUUUCACUUGCGGCCAGACGGGCAGCAACACGAACUGUUCAUCAAGCCACACGGGUCACCAAGGCCACAGCUUGUGCCAAUAACAGGCGUUCAAGAUGUAAGCUGACAUACUGGCAUCUCUGAGCAGUCAAGUAGAGUUACAAUCAUCAACUUUUAGGACCAUGUCCAGUUGUCUGACUGAAUUUUAAAAGUGAGGGAUUGAAAAUUAGCUUUAGUUUGGUUUUCUCUUCUAAUCUGCCUGUAACGAUUUGACACUUUUUUUCAUCACUUUGUAAGGAAUUGGUUAUAAGACAGAGAUGUAUAGAAACUACAUUGAAAUAAAUAGUAUUGUCCCUAAUAUGUUCAA